AUGAGCGCAGCAGCAGAUACGACAGCGACAGCGGACUCGGUGACAGCGAUUAGCGUGCGUGUCAUCCCGCCGCAAAUGGUCUGGCCUCUGCGGCACGAGGUCAUGUGGCCUUCCAAACCACUGGAGUACGUCGUAAUCCCGGGCGACGAGGACGCCGCCACUAGCCGACACUUUGGUCUCUUCCUCCUCGACAAAGACGAGCCCGUCUCGGUCGUCUCGCUCUUUUGGGAGAGGAGAGAGGGCCAGGGCGUUGAUGAGAGCGUCGCGCAGUUCCGCAAGUUCUGCACGCGCGUGUCGCACCAACGGAAGGGGUACGGGACGCUGCUGCUUGAGCGGCUCGUCGCAGACGCGCGUGCCGGCGGGGCGAAAUCUCUGUGGUGCAACGCGCGCGUCGAGCAGGCCGGGUACUACCGCAAACUAGGGCUGUCCGAUGUGCCCGGUCGUGCUUUUGAGAAGGACGGGCAGCGUUACGUGAUCAUGGAGAUGCCACUGCGGCGACCAACAGCAAGAGAGAAGUAA